UGUUGAAAAUUUUAUCCAAGAUGGGUUUCGUAAAUGAAUCAGAUGUGUGUGACAGUGACAGUGAAAUAAGUUGGUCAGGUGAAACCGUGACCACUAAUAAAACGAAAAACUAUUUUAAAGUGAAUGUUAACAAUUAUGGCGACGAGUCAAUUUUCAUGAUUGAAGAUUUGAAGCAAUUUUCAGAUCUUCACACUAAAAUAUCGGAGUGUUAUCCUGACCGAAAUCAAGAUGACCUUACCAUCAAGUAUUUGGAUAAGAAUUUCAAUUUCGUACAGAUCGAGGAUGACGAAGACUUCGAAAUUUUCUUGGAAAAUCACAAUGAUCAGAAGAUCUAUGUGUCAUGGUUAAACAAAAAUGUGUAUUCAUGGGUGGAUUGA